AUGUGGCGAAGACCGCGAAAUUAUUCUAAGGACAGCCUGGCCAAUCUUGCUUCACGUUGUCCACCAGGUCUGUUCGUGGUUUCUUCCCAGGACUCCUUCAUGCAGGUUAGCGAGGGCUUCUGUGAGAGAUUUGCAGCAGCGGCGCUGACGGACAGUUCCAGCUGCAAAGGUGUUGUUACGGCUAUGGCCGUGGCACUGCCCAUCGAAGAAGUUGCGGAGCGCUAUGGUGCAUAUGCAUUAGACGCAGACGGCACCGUGCGGCAGCUGCUGUUCCGGGAAUCUGCCGAGACCCUGCGAAUCCAGGCGCAAAUAGGCUCUUCGAGAUGUACUGCGAAGGCGUGUGGAGUUGUUUUCUUCGAUGCAGCAGCUGCCACGCAGCUGCUGCACCUGGCCUUCGAUCCAUCGUUCGAGGCAUGUUCAUAUCUGGGCAUCGACAAUGGUGCGACACCGCGAGGUUUCUCGCUGUACUUGGACCUACUUGCCGCCAUGGGCACCGAGGUGGACUUGGACCACUUCUGUGCUGCCGGGAAUGAAGUCGAGCCGGUCCUGCGUCAGGCAAUUUGUAAGGGGCUGCAAGGUUUUCGUUUGACUGCAGCAGUCUUGGAGACACAGGAUGCUCAGUAUCGCUUUGUUCGCUCCACGCACGACUUUGUGCAGCUUCUUUCCUCGCUGCACUCGUGCUCAGAGCCAGAGGUGCAAUGCUUCAGCAGUUAUUUGGAAGAGCCUGCUCGUGUGGACACGUCCGCCUUCGUGGUGAACGCCGUCCUUCACAGCUGCUGUGACGUUGCCAUGGAGGCCAUAGUGGAAAGUUCCGCAUUGGAGGAUUGCCGAGUGGAGCAGGGAGCUGUGUGCAGCGGCCUUAAGCGGCUGCGUGGGCUGGCCAUUCCGUCCGGGAUUUGGCUUCAGCAGGUGGCGCUGCUGCCAUCCGGGCAGAGCCAGGCCACUUCCCGAUGCUGCUUGCUGACAUUGGGAGUUGGCGAUGAGGUGUCUAUGCGGAAUGGGACCGUGCUGAACCAGACUUGGCAGGAGCUUUUCGCAAACACAGGACUUUGUGCCGCCGAUGUUUGGCCUGAUGGCAGAGGUACGUUGCACACUGCGUGCUUAUUCCCCAUCGUUCCCUCGCAGGGAACAGCCAGUGGGAGUGUCUCCAACCUGGCCUUGGUUUGGGUGGAUUACAUCGUUGCCUGCAGACAGCCGGCUGCAGCCCGCCCUUCUUGUCUGGAUCUUUGGCGGCGCUCCUGGAAAGAUUUGCUGUUGCAUUCGGAGCGCUUAUCCCUUCACGAUGUGGCUUUGCGGGCUGAUGUGGGUGUGGAGUUGGAGUGGCAGGACACGAUAGCUGCAGAAGCCAAUGUGCUGCGCGUGAAGCAGUUGCUGUUGGAGCAGAAGGAUGCACCAAUCACGCACAUUCUGAAGGACGAGGUGCGUCGAGGAAGGCUGGGGUUGCUUGACAGUUUGGACGAGGUGGCUGCGAGUGAGGCAACACCUCUGGAUGUGGCAGCACGCUCCCUUGCUCAGGUGGCGGAAGUCCUGGCCUCCAUUGCCGGGUCGGCAGGUGGACUGCGUUCCGGCAGUGCUCGGAAUGUGCAGUGGCGGAAAGCCUUGCAGCUGCUUGCGAGCUUCGAGCCAAGGUGUCGCAAAGAAGCAGUGCGGCUCAUGACGCUGAUUCGAUCCCACUGGUUGCUAGACGGCCCUGUGGCUACCAUGCGGGCUGCACGGCAUUAUGAAGCAGCAGCACAGGUGCUGAUCCUCACUGCAGUUGCAACGUGCUCGAAGUUCGUUACAAUUUCGCCGGCUGGGCAGAUGAAGCCUGAGGGGUGCUGGGCAGUGGUGGAAGCGCCGGCACGGAUUGAUCUUGCUGGCGGUUGGUCUGAUACGCCGCCAAUCUGCUACGAGCACGGCGGAGCUGUUGUGAACGUGGCAGUGCGUGUUGAUGGCCGUCGGCCUUUGGGAGCCAGAGCCUUGCGUAUGUCACAGCAGUUGGAAUUGGUUCUGGAGACCUGGAACAAGGACCUUGGUCCAGUUGAGCCGAGUCACACUGCAGUGGUUUGCCGCAGCCUCGCCGACCUUCAAGAUUACAAUUCACCAAGCGCGCCUGCAGCUCUGUUGAAGUGCUGUGUCCUUUGCUGCGGCAUCGUGUCCCUAGGGACCGGCACACUGCAGCAGCAGCUGCGAAGUGCAGGAGGUGGCUUGCGGCUCGCAACAUGGAGUUCCUUGCCACAGGGAAGCGGCCUGGGCAGCUCUUCCGUUUUGGCGGCCGCGGCGGUCAAGGCCUUGAUGGCAGCUUUCGGUUUGGACAUGGAUGCGGAAUCUCUCAUCCAUGCGGUUCAGAAUGUCGAGCAGAUGCUGACCACGGGUGGAGGCUGGCAAGACCAGGUUGGUGCGAUUCUGGGUGGUGCAAAGCUCACGCGCAGCAAAGCCUCGCUACCACUGAGAGUCUUGCCGGAGCAGCUACCACUGCAGCCCUCAUUUUCAGAAGAAUUCGAAUCGCGCCUCUUGUUGAUAUUCACUGGCCGGCCACGUUUGGCAAAGCAUUUGCUGCAGAAUGUAAUCCGUCGAUGGUUCAGCCGCGUACCGGAGAUCUGUGAGACCGUCAAAGGUCUGGUCGACAACGCGCAGGACUGCGCAGAGGCCAUUCGAGCCGGCGAUGUCGAAGAGGUUGGCCGGUGUCUGUCGCGGUAUUGGGCCCAGAAGCAAGUGAUGGCUGCUGGCUGCGAGCCACGGCCGGUUGGGCAGCUGCGGAAAAUCUUGGAGGCUGACCUACUAGGUUUCUCCUUAGCUGGUGCUGGGGGCGGUGGCUUCGGAACUCUUUUGAUGCGCAAACCUUCAGCCAAAGAGAGGGUGCAGCAGGCACUGGGCCAGUGUCCGGGCUUGGAGGACGCCUAUGUCUGCGAAGCAACGAUCGAUCAUGUGGGCAUGGAGUUGGCCUUGGAUUCUGUUUUCGAGACGACCUCCCUGCUGCCGGAUGCAGCGUUAGCAGAUGUUGUUGGUGCCCUGGGCCGCAACUUGAGGACUGCGGACACAGAGGAGGGGACUUUGAUUCUUCACCGCAUGGUCGACCUCUGCAAUUUCAACUUGGCGCGGCUCUUCCUGGUGUGGGACUCCAUUCUCAACACAAUCACGGAGGUCUGCACAGCGGAGGAGAAGACGGAGCUCCGCGGCCAAGCUGCAACAACCCUCUGCUUGAUACUUGGACAGGCUCUGAGGAAAGGUGCGCUAGCUUUGGCAGACCAUCCGGAGGAAGCUCAAGAUGAACUGCUCCGCCACCUGGAGGUUCUCCUUCGGAGUCCGCAUGAGGACACAAGGGCCAGGAUAUGUGAGGCCAGAAGUUGGGCGGGGCAUCCAGAGACGGGAGCCUUCAUGGCAGAGUCGGAAGUAGCGAUAGCCGUCUUGCCCUCGGUUCCUGAAACCAAGCUUCUUCGACCAGAGAAGCAGCUAGAGAUCUACCACUAUGCCUCGCAGCUGUAUGAGUUCAGAGAUGCCAUCCUGGCAUUUUGGCGAGAGGAGCUCUCCGAAUCCUCCCAGCUUCCAGACGCUUAUCGCGCAGCGGCCCAGGCGGUGAAGGUUCAGUGGCAAGGCCACGGUACGUGGCCGUCGUUGGCAGAAUUAAAGGGCAAGAAGGUGUUUGGGCAUGCAUCAGUUGUUAAGUUCUUGGUGCUUCCAAAUCUCCCGGAGUCGGCCGCUUGCGUAUUCUUCCAACAGCGGCCGCGUGUCGCCCGUGUAUCCUCCGAAGAGACACCUUGGACCUUUGCUGAAGGGCAAUUUGCGGACCCUAUUGCCGACUUGGAAGCCAAUCGGUCUGCGGUGAUUAUGCACAUGGACAGCUUCCUCAAAAAUUCGAUUGUUAUUGCCAACCCGCUGUUGCGGAGCCAUUCCUGCUUUGCCACGGCUUCGGAAGAACUGGCACGUGGCAUUGCACGAGAUGCAGGGGCUUGGAGGAGGUUGUUGAAGACGGAACAGGAUCUCUUCAGCCAAGCUACAGCUCUUCUAAUCCGACAGGUGCUCAAGCUUGGACCUGCAGUCGUGACAGCCACCGUCACCCCGAAGAAGCCACGCAAGGGUGCUGAUGACAAGACUGACCCGGACGUGACGAUGGAAACACCAGAAAAAGAUCUACAGCCAGGGAAGGACGCAACGUUGCGUCCGGAACAGGAGGAGCAGCGGGCGUACUCCAGACUACUGGACAGCAUGCUGCAGGAGCUGGACUACUUCACCGAACCGUUCCAGUCUCUGCGAUGGCUGGACAACAAGAAGCAACUACUCGUGUACUACCAUGCCGCACAAUUGAACGAAAGACAGGACAGUGUGCUGGCAGCAUUGCGCCAAGCACGUGGUGCACCCUCGCCGCAGGUGGAAGAUCUUCCCCCCCCCUACGGACAAGCGGUGGCACGGGUCACGGACGAAGUGAACAAGCUGAUCCCCGAGGGGCAAAACUUGCGGAAGGUCUUCAGUCAUGAUCACGUCAUCCGCUUCCACGCUCUCAAAGGCGUUCCUGUCCCACGGACCUCUUGCAUUUUCUUGCGUGAACGACCCCAGUGCUCAAGUGAUGUGCUACGGAAAACACCAUCAAUCUUUCGUGAUUUAAUUCGAUACAGAAACCAGGGGAGUCCCCUCAUGGAGCUCGAACACCACCAGCUCGCUCUGGUGCUGACUGUCCACGAUCGAAAUCCGCGCGCUUUCGUGGUAAUCAGCCCUCUCUUCGAGAAACCUUCGCUCAUUGAAGGCGUGUGUGGUGGCUCAUGGAGUGAAAUCCAGGAAGCUCUGAAGGAUGAGCUGGCCGACCUCAUCAGAAGAGAAUCUGAUGCUUGGAGAGCUUUCAUCCAAAGCCAUGCCGACAUGGUGAGCAAGGAUUCGCUAAAGAUCGUACAACGAGUGCUGAAGACGUGUCAGCCAGGUUCUGGCUUCGGUGAAUAUGCGAUCCGGGUGAUGCAGGACGUAGAUGAAGCAAACCAGGCUCGCGAGUUGGCAGAGAUGAAGUACGCGGAAGCAGAGCAGCGCUGGGACAUGGAGGCACAGCUGGCACUUGCUGAUGCAGACACUCGAUGGCGCGACGCAAGGAAGAAGGCGGAUCAGCAUGCCGCAACUAUUCAAAAGGCAAAGCUGCGUGCCAGAAGCAAGGCAGCCAGGAUAAAGGACAAAGCAGCAAAGAGAUUGGAGCAGGAACGCUUGGCAGCUGAGGAACGCCUGGAGACCCAGAAAGUUGCUCACCGCGAGGAGGUUGCAGAUCUCACGAAGGAGCUGGAAGAAGCCAAAGGUGUGAGAAAUCGUAUGGAAAGCCUGGCCUCAGAGCAGAAAGAAGAGGUGCAGUGCCUGCAAGAUGCGAAGCUUGAAUUGCUACAUGCUCUCUCGAAGAUGGAUUCGCUUUGCCGUGCCGAAACACAGAUGCUGCGCACUAAGAAUGUCGUCCUCAAGCAACAUCUCAAGCAAACGAAGAAAGGCCAAAAGGAGACCUUGAGAGCGGCUGAGGCCAAGUUCCUGGAGGUGCAGACAGCCACGAUAGAGGAACAGCAGAAGCUCAUCAAAGAGGCUGAUUCGCAGGUCUGUACCGCACGCCGAGAAGCAGCUGCAGCUGCUGCAGCCAAGGCUGCAGCAGAGGGAAAGGCCGCGGAAGCCAUGGCACAAGCGGUAUCAGCAACGGCGAAGGCAGACGAGGCCAUGGCGACCGCUCGCCAAGCUACCGCGACUUUGGAAGUGCAGACCGCGACCAUGCAAAGGACCACACAGAUGAACGCAGGUCUUCGAGUGGAGGCGACGGAAGCAAAGGCUGAAGCAGCUGCCGCGCUGCAGGAAGCGCAGGCCAAUGCCGAGCGGCAAAACAAAGUUGCAAAAGAGCUCGAAGCUCGCACCGAGGAGCUGCGCUCAUCGCUCCAAUCGACCGACAAGCUGAAGGCCAACAUCGAAGAGAUGCAAGCGAGGGAGGUCGAGUUCGAGCAAGCGCUCGUCAAAGCGCAGGUUGGUGCUGACGCACUCAGUUCAGAUCUGCGGAUUGCUCGAGCAGAGACGCAGGCCGCGCGAGAUGAGGCUGCCGCCCUCGCCACCAAGUGCACCAAGAUCAGCAUCGAAGCUGCAAAGGUGCCACAACUCCAAGAAGACCGAAGGCAAUUGGAGCAGCAGUUGGGUGAGAUCUCCCAAAUGGCUUCGCGCGCUGAUGCACUACAACUGGCGGAGAAACAGAUGCAGAACAAACUCUUGCAAGUGCAAGCGGAGCUGCAGAACAAGAAUGAGCUGCUUUCACAAGUCCAGGAAUCAAACAUGGCUUUGAGGAUCCGGAUGGCAGAAGCAGACGAGAAGCUCACAGAAGUGCAGGAGCAGCUGGCGGAGAAGCUUCGACCAGCGGCAGCUGCUGAGGAUGCGCUGCGCAAAUCGGACGCCCAGAGGGAAGAAGCAGAGGCCAGAGCCAAAGCAGCCGAAGCUGCGGCAAGAGAGGCACAAGCCUUCGUGGCGGAGAUGACCAUCAGAGCAGAGCGGGCUGAGAAGGCCCAGCAGGCACUGGAGAAGACCGAUGUCCAGACAAAGGCUGCACUAGCUGCACAAGCCCAACAGGCUGCCCAUCUCACCGAGAAGUGUGCGUCCCUGAACGCCGCUCUGUCAUCGGCUGCAGAUCGAGCAGAGCUGGCAACUUCAGCAGCAACCAAGGCUCAGCAAGAUGCCAACAUGAAGGAGGCAGAGAUCGCCGUCCUGAAGAAGUCUCUGCACGCCGUGCAGGUGUCGAACAAAAGUCUGCGAGCUGAAGCAAUGCAGGCAGAUCACGAUGCCAAAGCCGCGCUAUCCGUGUGCGAAGCUUUAAGGCAGAGCAGCUCCCGCGCAGAAGAGGAGGCUGAGCGAGCCGUGGAGACUGCGAAGGCAGCAGAAGCAAAGGCCGAAGCAUGCGCGGCCGACCUUGAGAAGUUUCAACAGAAGCACCAAGAAGUGGUCGACCAGCUUGCAAAGAUGCAGAAGACUGCAGAAGGAGCAGAGGAGAAGAUUGCAGUGGCAAAAGCCGAAGAAAGGAAGGCCAAGUCGCAGCUUGCAGCGCAAGCCUCGGAAGCAAAGCGGCUCUCGUCGCUCUGUGCUGGCCUCCACGCGGACGCCAAAGCGACGGCCGCGAAGGUAUCUUCUAUGGAGCAAAGAGCCCUCACGGCAGAGGCUGAGAAGAAGGUGGCCCUGGCGUCGUCUGAGCUUAGAGAGGACGAUGUGAAGCGAAUCGCUGCCGGUCCCAGCGAACCGAGCUUUCCCGACGAAGACAGGUUGGUGGCAGAGUUGGAGGCACUGCUUGAACAGUCUUCGGAUGAUCAGCGAGAGGCCACAGAUGUUGCAGAGGGGGCAGCUCCGACGAAACGACGCCGAUCUGAAUCCGACGGUUUCGCUGCCGAGGUCGUCUUGAACCCCGCCCUUGAACCUGCCGUCGACGGCCCACGUGUGGGAUAUGCUGUGCCUCUCCGUCGAGUCCGGACAAAGAGUGUUGGACAAGUGGGGAGCUGA